AACUUGAAAGAGGUUUUGGAGAAAAUCAUCCCAGAGAAACAGAAAGAGGUUAUUGAGUUUAGAAAACAGCAUGGAAAUACCAAAGUUGGAGAAGUUACAGUUGAUAUGCCUCUGCCAGAAGGUCUCUUUUGGUUACUGGUAACCGGUGAUAUCCCCACACAGGAGCAAGCUGCAGCCAUUACAAAGGAAUGGAAUGAGCGGGCAGAGAUCCCCAACCAUGUCAUCACAAUGCUGAACAAUUUUCCCAGCAAGUUGCAUCCAAUGUCACAGUUCAGUGCAGCUGUUACGGCCAUGAACUCAGAAAGCAAAUUUGCCAAGGCAUAUUCGGAAGGUGUUCACAAAUCGAAAUACUGGGAGCUUUGUUAUGAAGACUCCAUGGACUUGAUUGCCAAACUUCCCACUGUGGCAGCAAUCAUUUAUCGCAACCUGUAUAGGGAUGGUAACCCACCAGACCCCAUUGACAAGAAGAAAGAUUGGAGUUGGAACUACUGUUCAAUGCUGGGAUUUGACAAUCCAGAAUUUGUGGAACUGAUGCGUCUGUAUCUGACCAUUCACACUGAUCAUGAAGGAGGCAAUGUGAGUGCUCACGCUUGCCAUCUGGUUGGCAGUGCAUUGUCAGAUCCAUAUCUGUCUUUUGCAGCAGGCUUGAACGGCCUUGCUGGCCCAUUGCAUGGCUUGGCCAACCAGGAGGUUUUAGUCUGGACAACCAAGCUUCAGGAGGCUCUGGGUGGUGAAGUAACUGAUGAACAGCUGAGAGACUUUAUCUGGAAGACACUGAAAUCUGGACAGGUGGUUCCUGGUUACGGUCAUGCUGUACUACGUAAAACAGACCCUCGCUACACCUGUCAACGAGAAUUUGCCUUGAAACACCUGCCUAAUGACCCCCUGUUUAAAUUAGUUUCUCAGUUGUACAAAGUGGUUCCUGAUAUUCUCAUCGAGCAAGGAAAGGCCAAGAAUCCAUGGCCCAAUGUUGAUGCUCACAGUGGUGUUUUGCUGCAGUACUACGGACUGAAAGAAAUGAACUACUACACUGUUAUGUUUGGAGUGUCCAGAGCCUUGGGUGUUCUGGCAUCAUUGAUUUGGGAUCGUGCUUUUGGUCUGCCAAUUGAACGACCGAAGUCCUUUGAUACGCCCCACCUGAAGAAGCUAGUGGGUGCCAAGUGA